AUGACUGUGUGGAGAAACAGAAAACCUCUGGAGAGAGAAAUGGGGGAGAACACACAAGAUGGAACCCCAGGCAGCUGGUUCACGUUCACAAUUCCUCAUGGGAUAAAAUAUGACAGGACAUGGCUAAUGAACUCAAUCCAGAGACAUUGCAGUGUCCCCUUCACUCCAGUGGACUUCCACCUUGUGAAAAAUGUGGCUCAAUUCUUUGUCCAGGAAGCUAGCACUGCCUGUGCAUUGUUGGAUGUCAGCUACAAGAUUCGUGACGAGGAGAGCCGAAAGGUGUGUAUACCUGUCUUUGUCAGCCUCUCCGCUGUUCCCUACUCUGUGCAGUAUAAGUUGAAGUCAGGAGAAAUGGAGCAGCUAGAGCUGACCUUGAUCAAACGAUUUGAUGUCUCCAAGCAAGCUCUUGACCUGCAGAGGCUCUGCGUUGACCCAGGUACAGCUGACAGCAGUAAUUCUAGAGCAAGCUGCAUGGCUGCCACCCUGCAGGUCAUCGAAAAGAAUUUCCCUGAGCUGUUGUCCUUGAACUUGAGCAGCAACAAACUGUACCAGCUGGAUGGCCUGUCUGACAUUAUACAGAUGGCCCCCACGGUCAAGAUCCUGAACCUCUCCAACAAAGAGCUGACGUCUGUGUGGGAGUUGAGCAAGAUGCAAGGGCUGAAGCUUGAAGAGCUGUGGCUGCAAGGGAACCCAUUGUGUGACACCAUCCCAGACCAGUCCACCUAUGUAAGGGCCAUCAGAGAAUGUCUCCCGAAGUUGUUACGCCUGGAUGGUCAGGAGUUAACGUCACCAGUGACCGUUGACGUUGACACUCCCUACAUGGUAAAGCCCUGCAAGCGCAGCUUCCUUGGAUCUGAUGAGCUGAAGAGCCUAGUCCUACAAAUCCUGCAGCAGCAGAAGAGUGUCCUUUCUGAGGCUUGUGGGACUGGUCCCUUCGGCCAGAAUACAGUGAUGGUGGUAGACCACCUCGAGGAAGAAAGAAAGGUUGGAGUUCUUUCCCAGGUAAUUCUGGUGAGAGGAGCCCUCAUUAUGAACUUGUGCGCGUAUUUCAAGGACCGCAGGAAUAUGAAGAAGCUCAAGGACCCCUACUUGCGGGUCCAGCUGCUGAAGCACACAAAACAUGUCAUUGUGCACACCCUCUGUGUGUUGCCCAAGACUCAGCAUGACUUCAGCUCCUUCGUGGUGGACACGUGGUUCCAGACGCAAAUGAUGCUCUGCUUCUCCGUCUGCGGGGUGUUCAAGGCAGUGGAAGGAAGUUCUCAAGGCUGUGUGCGUUCCUUCACCUGGACCUUCAUCGCUAACCCUGCCGGCUACUGCAG